AUGCUCAAAUGCCAAAGUCUUUAAAAGGCCCUACUCAAAUAUCUGAAGACCUUUGAAAACCAAUCCUAUUAGUCAUGGAAAUGGCACAACUACACUUAGUGGGCGGAUCUUUCAUUCAGGCCAUUAAUAAUAAUGUAGAUAAUAUUUAUCAUCAUUAAACUAUUGAUCAUCGCCAAUAACUAACUACUGUGGGUCAUUUUUGGAGUUCAGAUUUUGGUUCAUUCAAUCCUAUUUUUAUGUCUUCCCAGAAUCAUUUACAAAGAGUCCUACUUUUUGUAGCUCGUCCCCUUAAUAUAACAGGAAUGCUUUUGCCUCCUUUGUUACUUUGCCUACAACGAAAGCUACCUCAUGUUCUACACCACCAUUUGCAUCAUCUUCCAAAGCAUGUAUUCAACCAUCUUAUGGAAGGUGAUCGCAAUACUAAUCUUUUUCAUUCAAACUAUCUUGCUUUUAGAUCUAUCCUCCUUUGAAGGACUCUAUCUCACAGUCGCUCUGCUAUUCAUGCAGAUCGUACGGAAAGAACUCCAGCAAAUGCAGCACUUCCUCAAUUUACAAGCAUUAUUUUUAAUCAUCGACUCCACACCUUAGGCUAUGUGUAUAGCCCAUAAGGAUAAAAAUUGGUUACUCUAUUCCAACAAAGUAUUUGAUAAUUUAGCAUAUAAAUUAGAGAAUACAAAUCAAUCUGAUACUGAUUAAUCUCCAGAAAAAACAGCAACUAAUAACUCUACUAAAAAUUAAUUAACUUUUUUGUAAAAUUUAUAAUUAGAUGAAUUAAAUAACAAUCAAAAGUUUGUCUAAUUUGAUUUUGAUGAUGAUGAUUUAUACUUCGAUGAUCAAUACAAAAUUAAGAAUGUUACUUACAGCAAGGAUAAAAAUUCAAUCUAAUAUUCUAAAGCCUUCUCUUUUGAAAUACCAACUGAUCGACCCAAAAAUCAUGUUCAAUUUUAGAGGUUUUUCCAAUCAUUUAAAAAUCCUGAUGAUGAAUCCAUCAUCAAAAAAACCUUCACGUCUGAUGUCACAAUGAAAAUCGAAGUCAACAAUCCACCCCAAUUCCACUUGUUAUCAGCAGGUAAGAAGAAUCAUCCUAAGAAAUUGAACCUCCCAAAUAAACAAUCUAAAUCAGGUAACUUAAUGACUCCAAGUCGAAAAGUAUCCGCUGAUUUCUUAUUGAAUAGUAAGGAAAAUAGGAGUUCUGGCCACAAACAGUCUCUGCUGGAUCAAGAAGCGAAUUUAAUAAAUAAGACAAAACCAGUUUAUGUCCACAAAAUGAAAUUCUUAAUUAACGUAUUAGAGAAUUGUAGAAUCUUUGAUAAUGAUGAUGAGUUGUAAAUAUAUUUCAUUCAUGAAGUCAAUCAAAUCUUAUUAAGAGCAAAACUAAAAAAAUUAGAAUCAAUCAAAAAGAAUCUCCUGAGAUCAAUUUCUCAUGAAUUGCUCACAAAUCUUAAUGCAGUCUUCGGAUUCAUCAAACAAAGCUAGGACAGGUUGCUGAAUAAAGAAUCCUGUCAUCUCCAAUUGGAACAGGCUUUGAGUUACACAAAAUUGCAACUCUAUAAGAUCUAUGACUUCUUCGAUUACAGAGACAUUCUAGAAGACAGUUUCCAAUUGAAAUCAGAUAAAUUCGAUAUCAAUACAGUCAUUUUAGAGUGUGUGGAUUUGUUUAGAAAUCAGAUCGAAAGGAAGUCCUUAGCAAUCAAUGUGAAAUUACCCGAAACCUCCUAUAUAAUUAGCGGAGACAGACAACGUUUGUGUUAAGUACUCCUGAAUUUGAUUGGAAAUUCUAUUCGAUUCACUUACAAAGGAGAAAUUACCAUCACUGUUUAGAAGUAAGAAUACAUGGAGUCAAUGGAAGGAAUUGAGGUACAUUCAGCUAAUUUACAGGAUAACAAUUUGCUGGAAGUUCAAGUGAAUGACACUGGGAUAGGCAUGAAGGAGGGUGAGUUGAGCAUUUUAAGAAAAAAGUUACAUUUAACUGACGAGGAUGAAAAGGUUUCUAAGCAUUCAGUUGGCAUAGGUUUGGGAUUGUCUGUGAGCAAGCAAAUUAUCAAGUUGAUGGCUCCGAACAAUCAAAACUACAUUUCUGUCGAAUCAAAAGAAGAUCAAGGCACAUGCUUCAAUUUUCUAUUGAAAUACAAUGAAGAAUCGAAUCUAAGCACAAAUUUCCUCUAAAGGUCCAACAAUCACACAAUUCCUUAUGUGGAUGCUCAAAGUACGUAAUAGGUUCGCGUGAUGAACUACAAUAAAUGUAAUAACCUUCAGAUCACUGAGAAGUAGGGUUAAUCAGAAUUGUAACUAGACAAUCUGAUAAAUUAAUGCAAUUGCAAAAUUGUCUUGAUUGUUGAUGACGAGGAGUUCAAUGUGGAUGUCCUUAUACAUAUGGUCAAAAAUUUAGGAUUUGAUACAGACUUUGCUUUCAAUGGGAAGCAAGCGAUUGAAAAAGUGCAAACCAAAUUGCUCAAAAGGUGCAGUCAGUAGAAUUGUAUUGGAUACAACUGCAUCUUGAUGGAUAUUAAUAUGCCAAUGAUGAGUGGAUGGGAAACUGUGUAAAGAAUUCGACAAAUAGAAAAUGAGAUCCAUCUGAGCAGAACUAUCCCUGUGGUUGCAGUUACUGGUUUCUGUAGUAUCAAAGAUCAAUAGAAAAGCAUUAAUGAAGGAUUUAAUAGUGUUUUGAUUAAGCCUGCUACAAAGGAGAAGUUAAUUGAAACUUUUAAUCGUCUCAGUAUCUGA